CCGCAUUCCUCGACGCCGAGCUCGUCGGUUUCGCGCGCGCACGCUCGAACCGCGACCGCGAAACGAAAGAAUAUAUAAUCUCUCAUCAUGGCUGUUGGUGAUGACGUCGAUAUCAACUUUAUGCUGACGAACACCUUCUUGGUGUUCUUCAUGCAAGCCGGCUUCGCGAUGUUGUGCGCCGGAUCCGUGCGAAGCAAGAACACGAAGAACAUUUUGAUUAAAAACGUGCUCGACGCGUGCGUCGGCGCCAUCGCGUGGUUCUUGUUUGGCUACGGUUUCGCGUUCGGGGCGACGACCGGAAAGAAGGAAAACGCGUUCAUCGGUUCCGGUAACUUCGCGAUGAAGGACGUCACCACUGCGAGCGAAUUGGCGAUGUACUUGUUCCAGUGGUCGUUCUCCGCUGCGGCGACGACGAUCGUGUCUGGCUCUGUCGCCGAACGCACCAAGUUCGAGGCGUACCUCGGCUACUCUUUCUUCCUCACCGCCUUCGUGUACCCGGUCGUCGUGCACUGGACCUGGAGUGGUGGCGCGGGCUGGUUGGGCACUGGCUACACUUUGGGCGACAAGGUCGCUGACGUUGGCAUGCACGACUUCGCCGGCUCUGGCGUCGUCCACAUGGUUGGUGGUUUCGCUGGUUUGAUGGGCGCCAUGAUCGUCGGUCCGCGCACCGGUCGCUUUGCUUCCGAUGGUCGCGUGAACCCGAUGCCGGGCCACUCCGCCCCGCUCGUCGUUCUCGGCACCUUCGUCCUCUGGCUCGGCUGGUACGGCUUCAACCCGGGCUCCGCGGGCGGCGUCGUCGACAACGCUGAAACUGUGGCCCGCUGUGCCAUCACCACGACGCUCUCCGCCGCCGCUGGUGGUGUGACAGCCAUGCUCUUGAACUACAAGUUGUACCACGUCUGGGACUUGAUCGCCGUGUGCAACGGUGUUCUCGCGGGUCUCGUCUCCAUCACCGCCGGUUGCGCCGUCACGGAACCGUGGGCCGCCCUCGUCUGCGGUUCGCUCGGCGCCCUCGUCAUUCACUUCUCCUCCAAGCUCUUGCUCAAGUUCCAAAUCGACGAUCCGCUCGAAGCGGCGCCGAUGCACGGCUUCUGCGGCGCCUUCGGCGUUCUCUGGGUCGGUUUCAUGGCCAAGAAGGAAUACGCCGAGGCUCAGGGUGCCAGAGCUGGUGCGUUUUACGAAGGUGGCGGCAAGCAACUCGGCGCGCAAAUCGUCGGUAUCCUCGUCAUCAUCGCGUGGACGUGCGGCACCAUUGGUCCCUUCUUCAUGUUGAUGAAGAAGUUCAACUUGCUCCGCACCACCGUCGAAGAAGAGACGCUCGGCUUGGACGAAUCCAAGCACGGCGGCAAGGCGUACGCGCUGGAACUCGUCGCUCCGGAACCAGCGUAAACGUGCGCUCCACGGGUUGAACGAACGUAUCGUCGGUCAGAAAUUUUCUGAGCACGUACAUCCCGCUCGUUUCUGCGAAGAAGGCGCUCGUACGCACGCGUUCGCGCGUCUCUUUUUCACUCUUAACCAUCACAAAACAGAUUCACCUUCCUCUUUUGUAAAACCGAUGAUUACUAUACCUAUUAUUAUUACACCUCGAUCACCACGCGAAACGUUCGAUCACGUGCGUCGGCGUCGCAUCGGGAUGCUCUCGCAGAACGUCCUCGAGCGCUCGAAGCUUCAACUCCGCGGCGUGAACGCCCACUCCUCGCACGAACACCGUGUCCACGCCCGCGCGCGCGCCGCCGGCGACGUCGUGCGCCAACGAGUCUCCGACGGCGACGACGCGCGAUUUAUCCAAAUCGCCGCCGGCGGCUUUGAUUUCCCACAGCAACUCUUCGUAAAUGAUGGACGACGGCUUCCCCAUCAAACACACGUACGCCUCGCCGUCCUCGCCCGCGUGCGUGGCGUUGAAUUUAUCGACGUAAUAUCUCGCGAGCGUCCCCGGCAUGGCGACGAGCGUCUCGCCCGAAACCGUCACGAAAUCCGGAUUCGCGACGCA